GGCUGUAAUAAACUGCGCGCACGCACACACGCAAUUGAAGUGCGUGGUCUGAAAGUGAAAGUAGAAGUGGAGAAGAGAGAGUGAGGCGUCCCCGUAAAUAAAAAACGAGUGGUUGUCCCGAUCCUUUCCUUUCAUGUCCCAAAACUUCAAAUUUCCCUCACUUUCUUAAUUUGCCCAUUUUUAUAAAAGGCAACUCUUUUACUCUGCAAUUCUAUCUUCUUUUUUUCUUUAAAUUCAAUAAUUUUACCAUGAACAAUGCCAUUAAUGUAGUUUCAUCCUUUUUGGUUAUGAAAGCCUGAAAAUCAGGGUUGCAAUUGUUGUUCUCACUUUACUGUGAUUUCUGAUCAGUAAUGGGAACUCAAAUUCAGACAGAGCUUACAGGACAGCAAAAGAUGCUUCCUCCUCCACUUGGAACUUUUCAAGAUCGAGAAGAUCUCAUCAAGCAUGCUCGUGCCUUUGGUGCUAAUCAAGGAUAUGUAGUGACCAUUAAAAAGUCUAGAAAGGAUAGGAGGGUCAUUCUUGGAUGUGACAGAGGAGGUGUAUAUCGUAAUAGGCGUAAAAUUGAUGAAAGUAAACGCAAAAGGAAAGCAUGCUCUCGGCUUAUAAACUGCCCUUUUGAAGCUAUAGGUAGAAAGGAAGAUGAUGUAUGGGUGCUUACCAUUAAAAAUGGAGAACACAACCAUGAUCCAUUAAAAGAUAUGUCUGAACAUCCUUAUAGUCGUCGUUUUUCUGAGGAAGAGGUGAAGCAAAUCAAAGUAAUGACUGAAGCUGGUAUAAAACCACGUGAAGUGCUUAAGGCUCUCAAGCAAAGCAAUCCAGAGCUGCAGUCAACACCAAGACAUUUGUACAACCUGAAAGCUAAAAUUCGUCAAGGAAAUUUAUCAGAUAAUAGUUUCAAGUCCUGGAGACCUAAUAGAUCUGCUCUUGUAAACACAAGCACUACUUCCUCAGUGGAGACAUUAAAGCAAAACCAAAAUCAGGUUCCUAAUUUUAUUGGAGGGAAAUCCAUGUAUUCGCAAGGAUGUGCAACCAUGGAUGUAAUAAAUCCUGCAACUCAAGAGGUUGUUUGUCAAGUUCCUUUUACUACAUAUGAGGAGUUUAAAGAUGCAGUAAAUGUAGCUAAGAAGGCUUUUCCUUCGUGGAAAAACACACCUGUUACUACUCGUCAACACAUCAUGUUCAAGUUCCAAGAGCUCAUCAUCAGAGAUAUUGACAAGCUUGCCAUGAAUAUUACCAUAGAGCAGGGCAAGACUUUGAAGAGUGCCCGUGCAGAUGUGUUAUGUGGUUUAGAAGUGGUUGAACAUGCUUGUGCAAUGACAACUCUUCAAAUGGGAGAGUUUGUUCCUAAUGCAUCUGAUGGCAUUGACACAUACUGCAUUAGAGAGCCUCUUGGUGUUUGUGCUGGGAUAUGUCCCUUCAACUUUUCAGCAAUGAUUCCCUUGUGGAUGUUUCCUGUUGCAAUUACAUGUGGCAAUACGUUUGUUCUUAAGCCUUCCGAAAAGAAUCCAGGUGCUUCAAUGAUGCUUGUGGCGUUAGCAAUGGAGGCAGGUUUGCCUGAUGGUGUCUUGAAUGUUGUUCAUGGCACAAAUGAUAUUGUCAAUUAUAUAUGUGAAGAUGAUGAUAUAAAAGCUUUAUCCUUUGUUGGAUCAAGCACAUUUGGCUCACAAUUAUAUGCCAGAGCAGCUGCUAGGGGGAAACGUGUACAGUCCAAUGUAGGAGGCAAAAAUUAUGCAAUCAUCAUCCCUGAUGCAAACAUGCAUGCUACUUUGAAUGCUUUGGUUGCUUCUGGCUUUGGUGCUUCAGGACAGAGAUGUAUGGGUCUCACUACAGCUAUUUUUGUUGCAGGAUCAAUGCUAUGGGAAGAUAAACUUGUGGAGCUUGGCAAAGCACUUAGAGUGAAUAAUGGAACAGAUCCAACUGCCGACCUUGGUCCAGUUAUUAGCAAAGAGGUAAAGAAUCGUAUAUGCAGAUUAGUUCAGAGUGCUGUUGACAAUGGUGCUAGACUUCUUCUUGAUGGGAGAAAUAUUGUGGUUCCAGGAUAUGAGAAUGGAAAUUUCGUUGGUCCGACCAUCUUACAUGAUGUUACACCCAACAUGGAGUGUUACAAGGAAGAAAUAUUUGGGCCAGUUCUACUUUGUAUGCAGGUUGAAACUCUAGAAGAUGCCAUAGCCAUAGUAAACAGAAACAGGUUUGUGAAUGGAACAUCAAUAUUCACAGCAUCUGGCUUUACUGCAAGGAAAUUCCAGAAUGAAAUUGAAGCUGGGUUGGUUGGAAUCAAUGUUCCUGUUCCUUUUCCAGCGCCUUUCACUAAUGAACAAAAAACAUCUUUUGCCGGUGACUUCAAUUUUUCUGGAAAGGCAGGUGUGCAGUUUUACACCCAGAUCAAAAUGGUGGCCCAACAAUGGAGCGAUUUUACAAGAAUGGGGGUGCCUUCGCUCUCUGAUACAGAUAUAAGAAGCCAAGGUGUUUCUUCACUGUUGCAUCCAUCAUCUGAGAGAGGCUCUCCUAACCAAAGGGAGUCAUCAUCUAUGUCCGUAUCAUCGGAUAGAGAUUCACCAACCCCUGAAAUGCUGCCGCCCAUCCCUAUGGCAAUGGAGAGGGAUUUACCUGACCCUGGAGUUUCAUCUCUAUCUCCCACAGCUAAUGUGGAUUUGCCAAACCAGGGAGAAUCCUUGCUAUUGUCUUCAGCUGAUAUGGAAUUGUCAAAUCAGGGAACAUCACUGGCUCGGCCUCCUGCAACAGAGAGGGAUUUGUCAAGCCAAAGAGUGUCAGUGUCUGCGCCACUACAAUCGUCUCAGAGGAUUUAUAUGCCCCAAACAUCUCACUGGAGUGAAUCUCCAGCCUUGACAUCUAAAACUUCAGAUGCUGUUCCUCCACCCUCUGAGAGGAUAUAUGUGCCUACAACUCAGAGAAACAGCAACACAGCACCAACAUCUUGUGAUGGGGCAUAUGUCUUUACAUCUCAUAAAAAUGGCAAUAUGGGAUCGAUACCAUGCAGGAAUAACAGUAUAGCUCCAACUCCUCAUCGGACUGCUGUGACCUUAAGUCAAACUUCAGAGGGGAUAUACAUGCUGUCAACUUCUCACUUAAAUAACAAUGAGGGUCAAUCAUUUCAAAGAUCUGAUACUACCUUGUUCCCCACCACUGAGAGGAUAUGCAUACCUUGUACAUCUCACAGAAAUGACCAUAUAGGAUCUACAUCCCGGAUAGCUGGCAUAAAUUUACAUUCGAAUUCAGAGAGGUUAUACAUGUCUGGACCAACUCCAAGGAAUGACAUGGCACCUGCUACACAACAACUUGACGUAAUCCCUGCAGUUUCCGAGAGGAUGUAUCCUUCUUCAAUUGUUCAGAGAAAUACCAGUAUGUCACCAACAUCUGAGAGGUUAUAUGUGCCUGCAACUUCGUCAUCACAGAGGAUGUAUACUCAAAACCAAAUACUUUCAGUGGAUGAUUUUCCCAGCCAAGGAUAGUCAAUGACUUUGCCUACAUCUCAGAAGUUAUAAGAUAAGCAUCACUUAAAGAAAAUAAUAUGAAAAGGUGAAACAUAGGUUUUUACAUUUAUAAUCUAGUUUUUGGUUUCUUCUAAUCUUUGUUAGCUUGAUAUCAACGAGCUUAAAACGGUCCUAAGCAGAUUCCUGCUUGAGUUAAAGGAUCUUUCCAUUUUAAAAAUACUGGAAAAUCUAGAGGCAUUAAUGUGACAUGGUAAAGAAAAAAACUUUUUGUUUCUUGAGAA